GAAAUAUCAGCUGACGAUAUUUUUGCGAAGCAUGAAACACUGGACAAAAUGGCUGUAAACACUAAAAUUGUCAACAUUGAAGUGAAAGAUAUUCGUUUUCCAACCUCACUCGAGGGCCAUGGAUCGGAUGCUAUGCAUACUGAUCCCGACUAUUCCUGUGCGUAUGUCAUCAUCAGAACUGAUGCUGGAGAUGGAUUGGAAGGUCAUGGACCAACGUUUACCAUCGGCAGGGGAACGGAAGUUGUUGUGGCAGGAGUAAAGGCUCUCAUUCCCUUUGUGGUCGGUCUCAAGGUGGCGGACAUCUUUGGCGAUUUUGCGACGUUCUGGCGGAAACUGACGAGCGAAUCACAGCUUAGAUGGAUUGGACCUGAGAAAGGAGUCAUCUCUCUAGCGACAUGUGCUGUUCUGAAUGCUCUCUGGGACCUAUGGGCCAAGAUGGCUGGAAAGCCUCUUUGGAAGUUGCUUGUAGAUAUGACCCCAGAGCAACUGUUAAGUGUUAUAGACUUCAGAUACAUAACUGAUGCACUGACAAAAGAAGAGGCUUUGCAGAUUCUAAAAGCUAACGAAUCAACGAAAGCUGAAAGAGAAGCUGAGUUGAUGAAGAAUGGCUUUCCAGCGUACACCACCUCGACUGCUUGGUUAGGAUACUCUGACGAAACACUUAGAGAGAGGUGUAAGGCUGCCUUGAAGGACGGCUGGACUUGGUUUAAGAUGAAGAUAGGAGCUAAUCUGGAGGAUGAUAUCAGAAGAGCUAAGAUCAUCAGAUCAGAGAUUGGAGAUGACAAAGUAUUGAUGAUGGACUGUAAUCAGAGAUGGGAGGUAUCCCAAGCUAUUGACUGGAUGAAGAGACUAGCUGAAUUCAAGCCUUACUGGAUAGAGGAACCCAUCUCACCCGACGAUGUUCUAGGUCAUGCUGCUAUCUCCAAGGCUCUUAAUCCGUUGGGCAUCAAGGUAGCCACGGGAGAGCAGUGCCAGAAUCGUGUUAUGUUCAAGCAGUUUCUCCAAGCCAAAGCCUUACAGAUCCUGCAGAUCGAUAGCUGCCGAAUCGGAGGGAUCAACGAAGUCCUCUCUGUUAUCCUCAUGGCAAGAAAAUUUGGAGUACCUGUUUGUCCUCAUGCAGGUGGAGUGCUGCUCUGUGAGCUGGUACAUCAUCUCAGUAUGUUUGACUAUGUGUGUGUAUCAGGAACUAAGGAGGGAAGGGUGAUUGAGUAUGUGGACCAUCUGAGGGAGCACUUCAAGUAUCCCUCAAUCAUCAAGAAUGCUUCAUACAUGCCACAGAAGAUUCCUGGGUACUCGACAGAGCUCAAGAAAGCAAGCUUAGAAGACUACGUCUACCCGGAGGGUCGGAUAUGGCAGCAACUCGCAAAGGAAGGCAAGGUCAAGUUGUAAGGGAGGAAAAACAACACCAGCAACAGAGGCAACAUUUGAAUCAACAGCUUGUAAGCAACAUAGAGAGCGACAAUUACAAGAGCUGCUGCAAUAAUAGGCAACAUUAAAUUUACAGCAGUAGCAGUAAAGCACCAUAGAUAGGAUCAAUAAAAGCAGCAAAAAGGUAUAAAUAAUACAAUAAUACUGACAGUAUUAUCAACAAUACUUUCAACAUCAAUAAUGAAAAAUUUAUGUCAUCAUUUGUAAGUCAGUAGUGUAAACAACAAACCAAAACAGCAACAAAAGUGAUGAACAGCUACAUCAUUAUCAUUAUCAACAUCAUUGAAGAGGAUUAUAAGUUCUUGAAUUAUUUAUUUCAGAAAUUAUGAGCAGGCUCUAUGUUAAGAGACUUAAUUUAAUUGAAAUCGAAAGGGCACUCAUCACCCCAAAAGAGUUUUGAUUUGAGUGUUUUCAGUUUUGCAAUAAUUAAGGCAUCAGUUCCAUAUAUUUCUUCUGUGGAUUUGCAAGUUAUGAUACACUCUAAAUGAAAGUACACACUAAAAGUGACUGAUAGUUCAAAUACAUUGGAGUAACUCUCUAUACACUCCAAGGCUUCUGCUAGCCAUGAUAUCAAUACCCCCCCCCCCCCCCCUUGUGCUCUUUAAUCUUUUUCACUUGAAUGUUUUAUUUUGGGCAGUUUGAUUUUUUUUAUGUUUUCUGACAAUUUCUUUCAGUGAUUUUGUAUGUAGUUAAAGAUAUCGAAGAGCUUCCCUACAAAGGUGCACUGUAGACAUGCUGUGUUCUUUUAAUGCUAGCAAAACUAUGAAUAAUAUCAUUCUUUGUUAUCAUAAUUAUUAUUCUCUACGUCAAGUCAACAUCAAAUAAUCAUACAAUGAUCAAGAUUUGACAUCAGCUGAAAGAAUUGGCCAAAUUUUACUCUUGUUGUGAACCCCCUGUCCUGAUAAUGUGAUAAGCAGCCUAUUUUGUCAAUGUUUAAAGCCUGUCCGUACUAGUUUGUCCAAGGGGGAGUAGACCUCCCUGCAAGGGCGCUGACAGGUGGUUAUCUCAUCAAAUCAGCUCUCAAUUAACAUAAGAAAAAGGGGAUCAUGGGGGACCAGCAGGCACCGAUCAGGCAUUGUUUGCUAUAUAGAGGGCGCAAGUAGCUAUAAGUAGUGCAGUGGGGCUUUAAAUAGGUUUGUUUACUAACUGCAUCAUGUACGGAUAUGGCUUUGAGUAUUCACCCCCCUCUUGUGAGGCACAUGCGCGGCAUAACUUACACUUACAUGUACAGUUUAUUGUCCAUAAAGAUCAUAUAAAUUGAUUGGUUGUACAGUUGGCACGGCAGUAUAAGAAUGAUCAUGUUUAAACAUGAUAA